AUGCAUCAGCCGACUGAGAGAUAUCCGUUUACGCAAAAUACGGAACGUACAGGUCGUUUUCUGGCCGUUUAUGCCGGUGAAGAGAGGCCAUCCGAAAGUUACCAGCUGCCGCUGGCUAUAUCAACCAACCCCAGCUCUCUAGGCGAAACGUGUACCGAGAUAAUGAAAAAGCGAGGCGAGGAAAGACGAUGGAGCUGCUUCGCUCACUCGUGGAUGAUUAUCGAGGGGACGAGUAUCCGUGCGAUAGAACGCGAUGGCCUAUCCCAACGAAGAAAGGAACACGCAGCUUUACGAAGCAUUGUUUUGUGGUUUCAGCGCGGCGAACUGUGGUCGCUGAAGUUCGCGCGGAAACACAAGUGCCGGCUUUCAAGGGUGAUUGGAAAUGUGGAAGCUGUGGCGAACGGUGUUUCGUUCAGCGACGUCGAGAGAGCUCUCGCUGAAAUUAUAUUCAACACCGAGCGCAAAUCAAGUCCACGGUACCGAGCCGAAGUUGUCGAUCGUCGCGAGGCUAUCUAUCAGUCCCGAGUCAUUAGAGGAGCCGAGGAUGGUCACUCCACUGCGAAGGAUCGUUACGUUCUCGCAUCGCUGCCUCUCCUUCCUUCCUCCCUUUUCUCUUCUUGCAUAAGCGAAAUCAGAGGCAAAGAGAAAGAUAGGCCAGGAUCGACGACCAAAAAAAAAAAAAAAAAAAAAAAAUCGCGCCACCAUUCGAACCCCUGUCGACAAAGAAAACUACCCAGGCCGUUCGAAAUAAAACAAACCUCUCGGUUAGUAUAAUUACGCCAAGGUCGAGUCCGGUUUAUCGGGAUCUGAUUCCUUCCACUUUAAACCGAUGACGCUACCAGCUAUUUCUUUUAAAAUUAUUUUAAUUAGUUCUAUCGUCGGAGAAUGA